AUGGUCGAAGACGGAAUAGAAAAUUUGGUGGCUGAUAAUCUGUCGGCUGAGGAAUGUCUAUCUCGUGUUCAAGGGCUUGUUCCGAAGGCUCUGGAGAAAUCCAGGGAGGUUAAAGGAUUCCCUGGAAGGUGGAAGAUGAUCAUUUUGAAAUUGGAACAAGUUCCUUCAAAAUUAUCGGAUUUGUCUAGCCACCCUUUCUUCUCAAAGAAUGCACUCUGUAAGGAGCAAUUGCAGGCUGUUUCAAGGACAUUGAAUGAUGCAAUUGAGUUGGCGGAGUGUUGUCUGAAAGAGAAAUUUGAGGGAAAACUUAAAAUGCAAAGUGAUUUGGAUUCUCUUUCUGGUAAACUUGAUUUAAAUUUACGCGAUUGUGGGCUUCUGAUCAAAACUGGAGUGCUUGGAGAGGUUAGUUUGCCAUUGGCUGAACAGGUGGCUGCUUCAGAUCAUGGCAAUAUAAGAGAAUUGCUCGCUCGACUUCAGAUUGGGCACCUCGAGGCUAAGCAUAAAGCACUUGAUUGCCUUGUCGAAGUCAUGAAAGAUGAUGAGACGAACGUGUUGACCGUUUUAGGACGAAGCAAUAUUGCAGCUUUAGUUCAAUUGCUGACUGCUACUUCUACUCGGAUCAGAGAAAAAACUGUUACUAUUAUUUGUUGGCUUAUAGAAUCUGGAAGUUGUGAGAAUUGGCUUGUUUCUGAAGGUGUUCUUCCGCCCCUUAUAAGGCUUGUUGAAUCUGGUAAUGCAGUGAGUCGAGAGAAGGCUACGAUUUCUCUCCAGAGGUUGUCUAUGUCAGCAGAAACAUCCCGCUCCAUUGUUGGCCAUGGUGGAGCUAGGCCUCUGAUUGAGAUCUGUCAGACUGAUGCGUCUGUUUUGCAAGCUGCUGCGGCUUGUACAUUGAAGAAUAUAUCCGCUGUGCCUGAGGUGCGGCGCGCCCUUUCAGAAGAAGGGAUUAUAAAGGUGAUGAUUGAUCUUCUUGAAUGCGGAACCCAGUUGAGAUCUAAAGAGUAUGCAGCAGAUUGCUUACAAAAUCUCACAUCAAGUAAUGACAAUCUUCGGAGAUGUGUUAUUUCAGAAGGCGGAAUAAAAAGUCUUCUGGCUUAUUUAGACGGUCCACUGCCUCAAGAAUCUGCAGUUGGGGCAUUGAGAAACUUGGUUGGAGUGAUUUCAGUUGAUGUUUUGGUUUCAUUUGGCCUUCUUCCAAGGCUGGUACAUGUGCUUAAAUCAGGUUCUCUUGGUGCACAAAAAGCAGCAGCCUCAACAAUCUGUCUAAUCUGCACCUCAACUGAAAUUAAACGAUUAGUGGGUGAAUCUGGAUGCAUUCCUCUUCUCAUAAAGAUGCUGGAGGCUAAAUCUAUCAAUGUGAGGGAGAUUGCAUCACAAGCAAUUUCGAGUUUGAUGACCCUUUCCCAUAAUUGUAGAGAAGUUAAAAGAGAUGACAAAAGCGUUCCAAAUUUGGUAGUCUUGCUCGAUCCAAGUCCUCAGAACACAGCCAAAAAAUAUUCAAUUUCCUGCCUGUCUUUGCUUUCCUCGAGCAAAAAGUGUAAGAAGUUGAUGAUUUCAUAUGGGGCUAUUGGUUAUCUCAAGAAGCUUACUGAGAUGGACAUUCCCGGUGCCAAGAAGUUACUUGAGCGUUUAGAGCGAGGAAAGCUGAAAAGCUUGUUCAGCAAGAAGUAG